CCUGCAUCUAAUAUUGAGCGGUCCAAUUUUCACAAAAGGCUCCGCUUUACCCCCUUCGUCGGUUCUGUUUGUCUUUAGCCAUUUUCAAUUUUCUCAAAAUAUUAUAACUUCGAUAGAGAAGAUGGGCACUACAGAACCCAACUUGGAACAAUUUUUUGAGGAGAAGAAGCGCGUCCGGAAUCCUCUGGUGCCUGUUGGUGCACUUAUGACAGCUGGAGUGCUCACAGCUGGCUUAAUCAGCUUCAGGCAAGGCAAUUCUCAAUUGGGUCAGCUUUUAAUGAGAGCUAGGGUGGUGGUCCAAGGUGCUACGGUAGCUCUUAUGGUUGGCACUGCUUACUACUAUGGGGGGAAUCCCUGGAAAAAGUCUAGUUAGAGUCUAUAAACCAAAUUUGGAUUCUUGUAACUUGGUACAGUUCCAGAAAUGGAGGCCAUUUUCAUUGUUAACAAACAGAAGUAUUGUUUUAGCAAAUUUCCAUUGAUGCAACUUUUUUUUCUUCAGGUAUUAUUAUUAUUCCCAAUAAAAUAACAGUUUGUAUGUUGUUGUAA